AGCUGUAGCGAGACAUCCGAGACAUCUGAUACCCCGUCAGCACCUGCAUCAUCAUUUGUAUCACCUCACAGGCUAGAGCAAAAAAACAGUGCCAAUGUUACGGCACGAAUUGGCUCUCAGGAUGAUUGUUCCGAUUACCUCUCGGCCAUCGCAGUCAUUACAGUAGAGAAACAGUUGAAGGAACAAGCGCUGGCAGCCUUUCCAAACGAACAAGAUCACCAACCCGUCGAUCAUUUCGCUAUUGACAGAGAAGAAGAAGAAGAAGAAGAAGAAGAAGAAGAAGAAGAAGAAGAAGAAGAAGAAGAAGAAGAAGAAGAAGAAGGUACCUUCAACCAUGAGCAGUCAAGCUCUCCAGACGACAUUUCCUCUCCAUAUAUUCAUCGGCGAACAUCGUCCGCAGAUCUCACGUGGGAGCUUGAGUAUAUGCGCAGGCACAAAGAAGAAGCCGAGAUGAGUGAUCGCGCAAUGGCUAGAACAAGAGGCUCACCCUUCUCACUAAGAAGCGAUACCCUGUUUGGGGCUAGGAAGCUCGCAAGGCACCUUGACUAUCGAGCCAAGGCUCGCGAUCUGGCACCACCCGAAAGCAAUGCUACCCCGCCAAUGCUCGGAGAGGAUCUUAUCUUCCCCCAGAGCCUAUCCCCCGAGUCAACAGUAUGUGAAGGCAGCAAUAUUCAACAUGAUGUGACUCGCAAACGACUGUGUGGAUGCUCUGGACUUUGGUAUGGUACUCCUCGCGUUGAUGAUAGAUCCAACGACGGGGGUCUCUGGAAAGGUACCUGCAAACCCGGAAAUAUGCAAGAGAUCCAAUCACGGCAGACUUCAAUCGCAUCGCCCGAUUCGAAGGUAUACGCGGGUCCCACCCUACAGUCAGCUGAUACGGACUGGCUAAGGAUCAAGAAUCAGUCACUCCAACGCAGCUCAUGGAGUCCUACCACGAGUCACUUUUCACAGCAAAUCUCUAGCCGAGAGUCUCUUGAAAUGGAACUGCAUGAUGGUCUUGUUACUCAGAUAUAUAAUUACCUAUCUCUGGGGUAUCCCUGCGUUGCCCGAUAUUUUGAUCAUGAACUCAGCAGAGUCUCUGGUAUAUCAGUGGCAGAUCUAAGACAGGAUGAUUUGAAAACAGAUGCGAAGGGUCACGUCGGCGUUUCUGAUACUACCCUCAUCGACAAAGAUCUAUCAGAAGGUGGUUGUAUGCGCUGGAGGGCCUUACAAUUGUAUAUACUAGAUUGGGCAAAUCAACGGGAAAGGUCUGGAUUUGCCGAAUUGGAUGGAGAUCAUGGGGCAUGGGGCGUUUGUGAACGCAAAGGUAGUUGGGCGGUCUAAUAUUUGAAAUUAACAAACUCACCCUGGUCCUCUUAUGACAUGAUAUAUCCCUUCUUGAGCUGAAUCUACAAGUAGUGACCCUGAGUUCAGAAGGCGACUGACUAUAUACGGUUGAUAUCGGUCGGAAUAAUCACAUCCU